UCGAUAAUAACAAUUAACCUUUUAUUAUUAUUAUUAUUUUUUUUUUUAAGUACUGAGACAUGUCUGAGAAUCUUGACUUCUUCUCAUCACCUGCCCUUCUCUUUCCCUUUUCUUCUCUCUGGUUUUUCUAAAAGGUAUGGAGUGUUUUGACUUCUGUAAAAGAUCAUGGUGCAGUGCCUAGACGGAUUAAAGCAUUUGUGUGCUGCUCUUGUAAAUUGUUGUGAUGCCGAUUUAUACAAGCAACCUAGGGGUCUUGAAAAUCCAGAAGCUCUUGCAAGGGAGACAGUGUUUAGUGUAAGUGAAAUUGAGGCUCUGUAUGAAUUGUUUAAGAAGAUCAGCAGUGCAGUGAUUGAUGAUGGGCUGAUCAACAAGGAAGAGUUUCAGUUAGCAUUGUUCAAGACAAACAAAAAGGAGAGCUUAUUUGCUGAUCGGGUAUUUGACUUGUUUGACACUAAGCACAAUGGUAUACUAGAUUUUGAAGAAUUUGCUCGUGCACUUUCUGUCUUUCACCCCAAUGCUCCAAUUGAUGAUAAGAUUGAGUUUUCAUUCCAACUAUAUGAUCUUAAACACCAAGGGUUUAUCGAGAGACAGGAAGUAAAGCAAAUGGUAGUAGCUACACUUACAGAAUCUGGAAUGAAUCUUUCAGAUGAUGUUAUUGAGAGUAUCAUUGACAAGACCUUUGAGGAAGCUGAUACCAAACAUGAUGGGAAGAUUGAUAAGGAAGAGUGGCGUAACCUUGUUUUACGACAUCCAUCUCUUUUGAAGAAUAUGACUCUUCAAUAUCUCAAAGACAUCACCACUACAUUUCCCAGUUUUGUGUUUCACUCACAAGUUGAUGAUACCUGAGAUUCAGACCCAUUAUCAUAUCAAGUUGACUAGUUUUGUGCUGGGAAUGGAGUUGUUUUUCGGUGGAGAAAUCAGAAAUGUGGGUUUUUGUGUGCAGAAGAUCACAGUUAGAGAGAAUGUUAAGACUUUGUGUUUACUUGUGAGUUACUUUGUAUUUGAUUUUGGAUAGAUUUCUUUUAGGUGGUUUAUUUGUCAUUUAUUUGCUUCACUGGACAAGCGGGAAAAUAAUCUGUUGGCAUAUUGCAUUGAUACCUUAUCUUAAGGCACUCCUAAUCACCGUUAACUCCAGUUGCAGCAGAGGUCCAGGUCCUUGUAAAUUCAUUUAUAUUUUGAACAAUUUUUUUGUUUUACAUAUUGGACAAGCAACUGUAUUUUUCUUUGAUUAAAUUCCACUUGAUCACCCCUGAAAUUUAU